AUGACUUCACGCGGAUUUCAGAUCGAAUAUGAUGUGAUAUUCUCCAAAGCAAUCUUUGUGCGAUUGACCAGUUCUGGAUAUAUAGACGGGGCAAAGGGGGCUGUGUUUCUCAAGACCUCAAACCUGAGUCAAUCCGUGUUACAUGCAAUUUGGGACCACGCCGAUACAAAAAAUGAAGGGGAGUUGGAUAUUAAUGGCUUUAUCGUGGCAUGUAGACUUGUAGCGCAUUCUCAAGCCUAUAACAUUAGCAAUCCAAUGUCACUAUUACCUCUAUUAUCUACGCCACCCCCUAUUUUACCUAAAUUUGAUCUCUCCCCCUUUUCCCAUGAGUUUGAUCCUCUAUUUACAAGUUUAGAUGUGGAUUCUGAUGGAUUUCUAACGGGGAAGGAUGCCAGGGCAUUUUACCUCUCUAGCACGAACCAUGAUAGUCAGACCCUCAUGCGACUUUGGGAUCUAGCCGACAUUGACUGUGAUGGUUUACUAUCUAAACAAGAAUUUUACACCAUGCAGUUGCUAAUAGAGUCGUUGAACGAACAAACAGAAAUUAAAAUUCCUAAUUCGUCAUAUCAACUGCCCAUAAAAUCUCAACAAAACAGUUCGCCUUCUUAUAACAUUGAAUAUACUCAAGAUAAACAUGUCAUCUCUAACACAAGCUUACCUCAUUGUGCUAUUGAGCAUGAUAAAAAUGAAAUACCUGCUUUGCCAAUACCCUCCUAUAAGACAUCUAGCCGAACUAAUAAAGGAAUUCCAAAUGACGUAUCCUCCGUCGUUUCUGAUGGACAAGACACUCCUCACAGUUUUGUCCAGGCGCUAGCUAACACAAACUUUAGUGUUUGCGAUGAUCUGGUGAAGAAGGAGCAAAAGAAGUUACAAUUACUAAGGGCACAACACCAAAAUUUGCUGGAGACUGUUUCCCAUAGCCCCAACGCCGGAUCCUCUGCUGAAUUAGAGCUCCUGCGAUCGCAAGCUGAUGAUUUGGCUUCGGAUAUCGCCGACUUGAAACUAAAAAAUGAAUCCAUACUCAAUGUAGUGACUCAAAACGAAUCUAACUUGUCAUCCCUCCAUACGAGCAAGAAAAACCACGCAGCCAUAGCUGAGAAGGAAGAAGAGCUGCUUAAGGCGGAGCAAAGAGAAUUGGAACAAUUAAAAAUCACUUUACAGGCCAUGAAGAGGAAUAAACAAUUGUUGCAGCGUGAAGGGAAUAGACUAAACGAGAGGCUGAAACAAAACGAAACGACUACAAAAAUCAUGUUACGUGCCUUGGAAAAUGAACAAUCGAAAAUUUUAAGCGUAAAAAAUGAACGGUUGCUAGUGUCAAAAGAGAAACUGCAAGUUGAGAAAGAAAUGAGAUCGCUUUCCAACCAAGCUCUGAUGCAAGUUAUAUCGAAGGAGAAGAACACAAACUCGCAAAUUGCGGCCCCUGGAUCUGAAAGGGAUAGCAAAGGUAUUAGAGUUGUUUCUGUCGCAAAUAAUGUAUCUCAGUAA